AUGUUUCUCCAAUUGCUUUCGUAUGUCGGCAUAGUGGUGGGGUUUAUCUUCCUCAUACUAUCCAUUGCCUCCGGAUUAUACUACAUAUCUGAAUUAGUGGAGGAACAUUCCGAACCAACCAAAAGAUUCUUGACCCGACUCAUAUACGUGCUGAUCGUGGCAUUUGUGUUAUUAUGGCUCUUUGACAGGUUCCCCUUCUUCCUCACGGCCUUUUCCAUAUUCUCCUACUGGGUGUAUCUUCAGAACUUGAACAAGUUUCCCUAUGUGCAGCUUACGUCGCCUGUGUUUCUCGUUUCAUGCGUGUUGGUGAUUGCCAACCACUUCUUGUGGUUCAACCAUUUCCACAACCCGUACAUCCCUCCGUUGGAAGAGAGAUUGCAGCCAGGGUACGUUCCUCCAACAAUUCCUACUUUCGUUGAGGUUUGUUCGUUCUUUGGCUUGGGGGUAUGGUUUGUUCCAUUUGCCUUGUUUGUUAGUUUGAGUGCCCACGACAACUUGUUGCCCCAUCAUGUGGAGAGCAGCAAUAGCAAGAAGAAGUCCAACGGGUUGGCCAAGGUCGUGGUGGGAAGAAUAAGAGAUUGGAUUUUUGAGGUGAGCAGAAGGUUGGGAUACGAACUCGACAAGAACAGGGGUGUUUUGGUCUGA